CGUUAUUAGUACAAAGCAGUGGUGGUUGCAGGAUACGCCAGUACUUGGGAGUGAACCGACAAGUGUAGAAAGGCAAAAAAGUUCCGCGUCCGCGUCGCAUCACUACAAAAUAAUAUGCCGUGUGGUGGGAGGGAUGUAUAGCCCAGCUGUGCGGUCUUAAGUGUCGACUCUAAUGCCAUUACGUCGUAUUAGCUGGCAGAUGAAAUUAGCGAGCAAACAUUUAGGCGUCAAAGCAGCUGUACUGAGGGAGUUCCUAUAACAGUUGGCGGCGUUCGUUCAUCCUCAUCACUGACUUCAAGUUACCGUUUUGAAUUUUGCUGUUCUUCAAACAGUCGUGGAUCUGAUUGUCUCAGUACUUGUUUCGGGCGUGACCAUGAACACUUGUGUGCUAAAAAGCUGGUGGAUCUUACUGUGUGUUCUGGCAGCCACUGCAAUGGCGUCACCCUAUGGACGAUUCAUGGAAAAUUACAGUGACGAUCAGGAUUCGAGGGGACUAUUUCGAGAAGAGGCCUUUGUUUUAAACAAGCGAGACAAACCAACACCCAAUUCCGUGGCGAGGCUGGCUCGGAUGCAUUCUACCGUUGGUAUCGGCAAGAGAGACGCCCAUGAUGCCUUCUUGGAGGAGAUGUCGAAGCUAGGCGGCGAGAGAACUGACGGCGGGGAGGAGGAGCGAAACACGGGCUCCUCAAACGUCCCGUCCGCCGAGGUCAACGUUGUCAGUAUCGACAAGUUUGCAAACGAUGUGUCGCAAUUGUUCGAGGUGUUCCGGACCUGCCCGCACGCACUCAAGUACGUGACGGACAGCGAAGGGACAUGGGAUGCCAGUCAACUAAAGGAUCUUCUUAACACGUGCCUAAACGUUGCCGUGCUGGCCAGACGAAUGAGUAGCCUAUCCUGAUUGGUCUGCGAGCAUCGAAAGAAGACGAAAAUAACAAAAACAGUUCACGAACACUUGCACAUGGAGUUCCAGACUAGUUUAAUUAAUUGACAGUCACUUGGGGGGGGGGUGGGUAUUGAGUCAGGUUGUUAAGUGAACACUUUCUUUGGCGUAGACACUAAUUUUUUUCAGUUGAUUUUCAACGCAUUCCUUUAGAACUGACGUCUUUCAUCUGGCCAGUUUUUAACCUUUAAAAGCUGUGAAACGGUGGAUGUUUUCCAUUCAAAAUUAAAUUUCACUGCAAUGUCACUCCGUUGUCAUUGAGGCAUUCAGCAGAAAAGGGGGAAAUGUCUGUAUAUAUGAAAAUUGACAGUGUAAUAAACUUAAAGACUGUUUCGUUUUGUCUCGGAACAAGGUUUAGCUCUGAUCAGAUUAAUUUCAUGUCACGGAAUGUCAAUGCAAUACAUGAGGGUCUGUAUAACAUGAAUAAGACGUUCUUGGGGAAUUUUAACGCAUUGUUAUAUUAAGGCGAUAGAAUCUCUCUUCAUUUGAGAUAUUUAUUAAGUUUAUUCUUUUGACAUGAACCUACUAAAUGUAUACCUGUCAUCGUCGAUGAAACAAAAGAAAUUCCUUCUUGAAAAAAGUACAAUAUUCUGGCCUGACCUGCGUUGUGUUUUCAAGAAAUUGGAAAGAUACUCUCUUAGAUUCUUUCGCAGGUAAAACCAACUGUUUUUUUUUAUCAUUUCCACACGGGGCCCGACUGACGUUAUAAGCAUCUUUCCAUGCAAAGACACGACUGCAAAUAUACUGCUUCGCCUGAGGCCGAAGACAUUGACUUUAUCUGUCGUGAGUGUAUUUGGAAAAAUAAAAGGUGCCACGCUUUGUGGUUGUCAAUAUUGUAGAUUCUAGAAUUGACACAAAAAUAAUAUAUAAUCGUCACAGGAAUAUCCAGGGCAAAAUGUCGAGAAUUGACACAUGGGCAAAGAUAAAACCCAAGGUGUAUGCGAAGAGCAAACCACAAGAUAAUUAAAAACGUGAAAACAUUUCAAGUGUUACUGAUUUCCCCAUCAGUGUUUUGAGUUCUAUAGUCCAAAACUCCUUCAAGCAGGCGAAGUUGUCUUUUUCGCUGUUCCUUUCUCCUUUGUUCCUUAAAAUGAAAAUUGUAUUUCUGAACCACAUCCAAUUAAAAAAAAUACUGGAUUAGUACUACUGACAGGGAGUAAUGUUUUACGGACAUAGGUUACGAUUUCUCUGCAAUAACUGUUUUGUUUUUAAAUUGCACAUACCAAAUUUAUUUUAAUGUAUUUUUUUUCCAAUUAUGCAUUAAACUUUCCACUCAAUCGAAUGUAACUAAUUUGUAUUGCUCUUUUUGCUGUCACCUUAAAGUCAAUUGGUUGGUUUUGGGGGUUUCUGCUGUUUCAUAUUCCGACAGUCCAAUUCAAAACUUUUGGGUUUUUUUUAUAUACAGUAGAUUUACAUGCGUGGUCUUUUAGGAAUAUAAGUUAAGUUGGUAUAUGAUUCCAUUAUUUUCACAAUAAGAGUUGUUUCAGGGCAUAUUAUUACAACACACCUCAAGAAGACUUUCCACAGCGAUUGAACACUUCAUUUUCACUGCCAAAUAUCGUACUUGCACUUUCAGAAAACAGACAUAGCCUACAGAUGAGAUUUUGCUUUUAUAUUCUUCACUUUGAGUAAGGAACUAUUCAUGUGUUUAUAAGAAACCAGUAGCGUUUUAAAUGAUGAUGUCAAAAUGCUUGGAAGAUGCUGUUAAUUUGAUUUAAAAAAAUACAUUGGCUUUAAAACAGAUUUCCAUGAUAGACCAUUAACAAGUAUUUCAAAUCAAUGUCCACGUUUAUAUAACGUUUACUGGGUCGAUAUCUUGGCCACAGUAAAAUUCACACUCCUGCAGUGUAUAUAAAAAUGGAUACAAGAUUUGAUAUUUAUGACUUUAUCCGAAAAUGGAAAAAUCUUCAAGGAAUCUAUACCUCAUGCACAAUUCAACCGCUCAUAAUUAACUGUAGAUUUAUGUUACCUAUAGACGAAAAUAGAUAGCUUGGAUAAACGCCACACAGAUCCACAGCGGAAAUUGUUGCCUUGAAUUAUAUAUCAACGUCGCGACUGUACAGAGAGACAGGGCAGCUUACUGGUGACUUGAUAUUAUUUUCCAGACGGGAAAAAAAUGAAAUUGAAAAAAAAUUUGAACACCUGUGGCCUGUCCAUUUACUUGCAAGUUUUUAUUAUUAUUUCUUCAACUGCAGAUGUGUCUUGGAGGAAGAAUUACUUGAUUUCCUCUUUCGCUGUUGAACAUUUGGCUUCAGUGUUCUUGUGGAUCCCUUUCCAUGUCGUUUUCUGAUUGUAUUUUGGUCCCGAUGAAAACAAGUAAUAGAUUUUAAGAAACUUUGUCAGAUACAGGUCCGCAAUGUUUUAGGUUUCAAGGCUUCGUAGUGUAUCUUAGAUGAAAUGGAUUGCUACGCUCUGUUCGUUGAUGUACUACUUCUUCUGAAAUUGCCGUUCUUUUACGAACAGAAUAAAACAAAAUCCAAC